AUGUCCAAAGCUUUCUUCGCCACGGUGGACGCCGUUCUCAAUAGCAUACCCGCCGACUUGGUCCAGGUGAUCCGCACACCGUCUUUCCGCGACUCGUCAGCCGCCGGGACAAAACGCCGCCUGUAUGAACUAUUGCUUGCAAUUACCGAUGUAUUCCAGAACGAGAAGAAGCAUGUCUUCGUCGGGAAUUUGUGCACGGAAUUGAGCAACCGUGGUCUUGUGGGGGCCGACAUGGGCGACAGGAUGAAAGUCGCACAGCUAGUUUUCAUCUUGUUCGGGGCCUUGACAAUGCUUUACACCCCGGUCACGAAUCCCGACGAGGGUCAAUUUCAGAUGGCAGUCCACAGUGACCCCCGGUUGAGAUGUCCCACUCACAAGAUGGCUACCUGGCACAUUCCGUCACAAGCCAUCGACUUCACAGUAUCAUUUGAUGACCUGUUGCAUCGAUUUUGCCGCAUGAGUCCAAUACCCAAGCCAAAGCUGUUGGAGAAGCAGACCCUUGAGAAUUCUGUCGCAAAAAGAAUCCUCAAGAGCCAGAAUGUCGACUACUACUCCCUUUCCGAACUACUCAAUGUACGAAUCUGCUGGACGACUUCGAUCUGCGAACAUCUGGAGCUCGAUAUCCGAUCCAAGACUCUGAAACUGUUCCGCAUCCCAUCAUAUUGCGCCAUGCUAUGCUUGCCGGGACGGAGUAAAACAUUUCUAGACAGCUUUUUCCAGAAAUUUCUCGACGACGAGGUGGAAAGGUUGAUCCCGACUGACAUCUUCCGUGAAGUGCUGGCAACCUACCGCGUCAUUUUCGGGCAACACGCUGACGCUCGGAACUUGAUCAAAAGACAUUGCUCUCAGGGCACGCUAUUCAAGAGGUACCAAUUCUUGCGCCGCAAACCACAUCCGUCAGCGUUUGUGCGCGACCAAGCCGACCCUUUGCUCGAGCGCCUCUGCUUCCUCGACAGUAGGGACGAAGCCCUCUUCGUGGACCUCGACAUGCUCGACCUUAAGAACAAUUACAUCCUCGACGCCGACUUCCCGUACUUCGCCGAUCGCCUGUGGGCGCUGCAGGAAUAUGUCGAGAACCAGUGCCCCAACAACUGGAAGACGCUGUGGCGGGACCGUCGUGAUGUUGCAAAAUUUUGGACGGUCUGGGCCGUAGUCGUCUUGGGCGUCCCCAGCAUUGUUCUUAGUCUCGCCCAAACCAUCUUAACUGGGCUUCAGCUGCGCACGCUGAAUCUUGGUUGA